AUGAUUCCUGCCGCAUCCGGUUCCUCCAUAGGGCCCAGCCGCCCCCCGCACGCCACCGUAGUACUGCCUUCACGCUCGCGAUCACCACAACAACCUCUGGCACAGUUCCGUGCAAAUUCCCACCGUCACUCCUCUAGGGUCUCAUGGACCGGGAAUACGGUUGUGAACCGGCUGCCUGGAGUGGUGGCCUCGGCUGAGGGGGCAGAUGAUACAGCGGCGCCGGUAUCAUCUCCGAACAGCACGGUUUCAUCGUUUCAGAUGGAUUUUGGAAUGAGAAGUGGAGGAAGAUCGAGUAAAAGAGAUUUGGAGGUUGAUGCCGACAGAGCGAGUGAUGACGAGGAGAACGGGUCGACUCGGAAGAAACUCAGGCGCUCUAAAGAUCAAUCGGCUUUUCUUGAGGAGAGCUUCAAAGAGCACAGCACUCUGAAUCCUAAGCAAAAACUUGUCCUGGCUAAACAGUUGAAUCUUCGUCCUCGCCAAGUGGAAGUGUGGUUUCAGAAUCGAAGAGCAAGGAUCAAGCUGAACCAGACAGAAGUAGAUUGCGAGUACUUAAAGAGAUGCUGUGAAACACUGACAGAAGAGAAUAGGAGGUUACAAAAAGAACUGCCAGAAUUAAAAACUUUGAAGACCUCUCAGCCUUUCUACAUGCAGCUGCCUGCAACCACACUCACCAUGUGCCCCUCAUGUGGGAGCGUGGUCACAACUGCCUCAGCCAACACCUUCACCACCACCACCACCACCACCACCACCACCACCAACAACCACAUAAAAGACUGUUUUGGUACUGAGGCUAGUGAUUUCUUCAAGGCCAUUGAGGCUUGA